CUUCCGGUUCCUAGGGAUGCGCAUCCGGGUCACGCUAACGCCGCGGUUUCCGCCACUCUGUUGGUGCCAGAGUGGGUCCGAAGUGGUCCCAUGUUGUGCUUUGGAGUAUCUGCAGCCGUCUGGCUGGUCUGGAACUUUUGGAAUUUGCUUUGUUGUUGAAGAUGGCAUUGAACUCAUGAUCCUCCUGCCUUCUAACAUCUGGGAUUACAGACAGUUUGUGAAGACCGCAGAGACUUGCAGUCCAGUCACAUAAGUGUGUGUAAAGAGACAGCGGUCCUCAUGGAAGAAGAGCAAGACCUACCAGAGCGACCGGUGAAAAAGGCCAAGAUGCAGGAACCAGGAGAACAAACUUUAAGGCUUUUGUGGAGAAACUCAAAUGAAUGAACGAUAAAUUCUUCAGUCAAAUGUGUAGUGUACAGACCUGAAGAAGAGCUGAAAUGAGGGAAACACAGAACUUGUCAAGUAAACAACCCAGACACCAGUGAUCAGAAGCCUGAGACCGCCAGCCUUGCGUCAAACCUUAGCAUGUCAGAGGAAAUUAUGACAUGCACCGAUUACAUCCCUCGCUCAUCCAAUGAUUAUACCUCACAAAUGUAUUCUGCAAAACCUUAUGCACACAUCCUCUCGGUUCCUGUUUCGGAAACCACUUAUCCUGGGCAGACUCAGUACCAGACACUGCAGCAGUCUCAACCCUACGCUGUCUACCCUCAGGCAACCCAAACUUAUGGACUACCUCCUUUCGGUGCACUGUGGCCAGGUAUGAAACCUGAAAGUGGUUUAAUUCAGACUCCAUCUCCAAGUCAACACAGUGUUCUUACCUGCACUACAGGCUUAACCACAAGCCAGCCAAGCCCAGCACAUUAUUCUUACCCCAUUCCAGCUUCAAGCACAAAUGCCAGCCUGAUAUCCACUUCAUCUGCAAUUGCCAAUAUUCCAGCAGCAGCCGUGGCCAGCAUCUCAAACCAGGACUAUCCCACCUAUACUAUUCUUGGACAGAAUCAGUACCAGGCCUGCUACCCCAGUUCCAGCUUUGGAGUCACAGGUCAGACUAACAGUGAUACUGAGAAUACAGCAUUAGCAGCUACAACGUACCAGACGGAGAAGCCUGGUGCUAUGGGACCUGCACCAGCCACACAGAGGCUUCCUUCCGACUCGUCCACAAGCCCACCUUUGUCCCAGACAACACCAAAUAAAGAUGCUGAUGAUCAGGCCAGGAAAAACAUGACUGUCAAGAACCGAGGCAAGAGGAAAGCUGACGCCAGCUCUUCCCAGGACAGCGAAUUAGAACGGGUAUUUCUCUGGGACUUGGAUGAAACCAUCAUCAUAUUUCAUUCCCUUCUUACCGGAUCCUAUGCUCAGAAGUAUGGAAAGGACCCAACAGUCGUAAUUGGCUCAGGUUUAACAAUGGAAGAAAUGAUUUUUGAAGUGGCUGAUACACAUCUAUUUUUCAAUGACUUAGAAGAGUGUGACCAGGUGCAUGUGGAAGAUGUGGCUUCUGAUGACAAUGGCCAGGAUUUGAGCAACUACAGUUUCUCAACAGAUGGUUUCAGUGGUUCAGGAGGCAGCGGGAGCCACGGAUCCUCUGUGGGAGUUCAGGGAGGUGUGGACUGGAUGAGGAAACUGGCCUUUCGCUACCGAAAAGUGAGGGAAAUCUAUGAUAAGCAUAAAAGCAACGUUGGUGGCCUUCUCAGCCCCCAGAGGAAGGAGGCUCUGCAGCGGCUCAGAGCAGAGAUCGAAGUGCUGACGGACUCCUGGCUAGGAACCGCGCUGAAGUCCUUGCUUCUCAUCCAGUCUCGAAAGAAUUGUGUGAAUGUUCUGAUCACUACCACCCAGUUGGUUCCAGCCCUGGCCAAGGUUCUCCUGUAUGGACUAGGAGAAAUAUUUCCUAUUGAGAACAUCUACAGUGCUACCAAAAUCGGUAAGGAGAGCUGCUUUGAGAGAAUCGUUUCGAGAUUUGGGAAAAAAGUCACAUAUGUAGUAAUUGGAGAUGGACGAGAUGAAGAAAUUGCAGCCAAGCAGCACAACAUGCCCUUCUGGAGGAUCACAAACCAUGGAGAUCUGGUGUCCCUGCACCAGGCUUUAGAGCUCGACUUCCUCUAAGAACUGGAAUGUGGGACCUUCCUUCCUUGUGAGCUUCUUUUUACCUCCGACAGGAGCCAGAAGCCAGAACCCUCUGAGCCCCUUCUCUCCUGUCUGUCUCUCCAUGUCUCAGCGCCCCUCCCCCUCUCCUGCUCUCUCUCCAUGGAAUGCUGGCGAGCACACAAUCAGAACCAACAGCUGCAGCCCACGUCCACUGUACAGCAGGAGGCGCCUGGAUAAAGCUGCAGACCGGCUGCAGCCACUGUGCUUUAAUUUUUCAGUUUCCUUUGGGAAAGGAAGAACAAGGAAAGCUGAUGCUCAGGGCACAGCUGUGCUCACACGGACAGACUGGGAGCUGCUCCUGAGCGUGGGGAUGGAACGUGCGUCCCCUUGAGAUCUUCUGUUCUCUUAGUGUAGACUGUCUCCCAGUGAUGGGUAUGUUGUUUUUAUAGGUGAGGGUCUGGUCUCUCAAGCAGCCUUCCCCACUUCUCUAUGAAGAAAGCAGUGUGUAAAGUUUCCGUGACAGUAGUAAUGGAAAUAUCUAAAAUACCUCCGUGACAGGACCUCUUCUGGACAGGACCGAGGCUCCAGUGCUCUGCUCUCUAGCGAGGCUCCUUGCCAUCUACAGGGCCCUGGUCACUUACUUUAGACUUUGGCAUCUCCCAUCUUGUAAGCCUCGGUCUCCUUGGCAAUCCUACUUCACCUGUAAGCAAAUGGCACAACCCUGGAAACAACUUCCACAGACAAUAAAUCUAAGCCUUUAGCUUGUAAUUCAGAAGCUCUGUCCCAGGAAGCUACCCUGCAAACUGGAGAGAAGGGGCUUGGACUUCUUAGGAAUUCCAUCCUUAGUUCCUGAGGUAAGACUUCACCCCGUGCACCUGCAGAUGCUUCUUCUGCGGUCAGCUUAGUUGUCAGAUGCUGGGCACACUUCUGCCCUCACAACCGCCCCUCUCCAUGCAGCUCUGGCCAGCCCCUACCCACUCCAUUCAAGUCAGAAAGGCCAGGGGCGGGCUCUAGCUGCUUCCUUCACCUGCACUUGCAUGCGGUGAUCCCACCUUGUAUUUACACAGAUCUGUGCCUAGGAGUGGAGAGCAGAGAACUAGAAUCAAAACCCAGUUUCACAUGAAAUAUCCCACUGCUCAAAUUCCAUGCUGAAGUGGGAAACCCGACCAGAAAGACUUUCUUGACUUAAACACUUGAAAAUAGAAUCCUGAGCUUAGGUGUAAGAGCACUUCUCAAGCCUGCUCCCCUGCCCCUGCACCCUGGACAGUUAGGAGGGGAACUGGUCCGAAGUCCCAGCCCUCAAGCCCAGCUGUGUUUUUUGGUUUUAUUUUGGUUUUUGUUUGGGUAUUUUGUUUUGGUUUGAUUUAGUUUGGUUUUGUUUUUUAAGGCACUAUCCCUUCAGGACCAAUGUCGGUGCCUGCUUAAUUGGGUUAAACUUCCCUGAAGUUGAGAAUGUGCAGCCUUGGUCUUCAGGGGGUCUUGAACCAACCCCUAGCUACAAUCACUGUCCCCAAAGAUACUGCAGCCCAGAGGCAAAGUUCCUCUUCAUGCCAGGCUACCAGACAGUGGCAGAAAGGCUGACACACCAUCUUCAGAGCUGUUGGACACUUCUGAGUGCUUCUGAGACCAGCAGUUGAGGAAGGAGCUCAGGAGGCGAGGUUGGUGUCUUGGCCACGCCUUUGGCUUUGUUUUGAGGUAUGGGGUUGGAGUAAGGAGCUGGAGUCUAAGCCAGACCUUCCGAAGCUGUAUUUGGCACCACUAUCCUAGUCCUGGCCAUCCGUGCUUCCUGGUCCAAUAGAGAAAACUCCAGGGUAAGUUUUACUUUAAGUCUCCAACCCUCCCCCCGUUGCCAGUGUAGUUUCUUGUCCUGGACAAUGGCCACCUAUUGGUGCUGUGCUUCAGGCUUACCAGACUGCCAAGUGGUGACACACCCCUCUGCACACAGGUACCACCACAAACCCUUCAGGGGAGACUCUGUUCUUAGAACAGGGAAUCCCUUUCCUCUUGCCCUGACUGGAGUGGCAAGGAGGUGUUCUGAGCUGAGUGGCUGUUCCAGCACCAGCAGCCACUCUGACAGGGCAGACAGAGCAGGAGUGCAUUGGUGUCUCUAGGGACUGCUGGCCUUUGAGCUGCUGACCUUCCCUCCCUCCCAUAGAGGCUUGGGAAGGAAAAUGAGCGGGCAGCAUUAAGAGCUGCUAGUAACAGAAGCAGGCUUGGUGGAGGAUAGCGCCUGCAGCCUGUGCAGAGGUCCAAGGUUUGAGUGCCCACAGGACUCCUCACGACCUCUCACUGCAGCUCCAGAGGGUUUGGUGCCCUCCUUUGGCCUCUUCAGGCACCAAGCACUUACAUGUAAGAAAGCACUCAAGUAUACAAUAAAAUUUCUUUUAAUAUUAAAAGCUGUUGGAGGUUAGACCUGAAGGAAACUGGGUCCUUUCAUCAACAUCAGAAGGCAGUCCUUACCGGAAGGACCCCUUGAAGAAAUUAGCUGGUGAGUCCUUUCCCUGCCGGAUCCUGUGUUCUGGAAGAUUAGUUUGGACAUCUCAUGGUGACAGCUAGUUCUAGGAGAGUCUGUGGAGUUGCAGGAAGGUCCUGGGAUACAAGGUGGCUUGACUUCGAAUGUAACAGUGACUGUGCCUUAGCAUCACCCUGUCCAGUGCCCCUGGGGCAGCUGGUGAUGUCCGUCCGAGAGAGUGGAUACCUGCUCCACAGUUUAGGUGCCUAUUUGGGCUUUUGAUUUGGGGGUGUUCUCUUCUCUGCUAGUUGGGUGUCAGAGCUAGUGUCCCAAGAGACUUGGCACAGCUGGCACAGCUUGUCUUAUGUUUGCCCAAACUCAGCCUUCACAGCUCCAAGUAGAAUCUGAUUGGCAAACUGCAACUGGAAGCCCGCGGCGCUUCUAGACCCUGCUUUGAAUGGGCGUCACACGACCGACAGGAGCACCAGGCAAAGCCGGGUGCUGUCCUGGAAGAGUACAGGCUAGCCUCCAAGUGCCAAGCUUGGGCCUCAUUGUUCAUCUUCCCCAGGUUGUAGCUGAGGGCCCCUCGAGUAAGCUUGUGCUCCUUGCUGCUCACCUGGUCAGCAGCUAGAAUGACCCAGUUCACUGGAGACGCUAAGUUGGAAUUCUGAGCUUCCCAAAUAUCUUAACCACAAGAGGGAAAACUCCGCUUGUACCCCAGGCUUUCCGGGGCCGCUUGCCCUCCUCUUCCGUGAGUGGAUUCUAGUGAGCAUGGCCCCUGGCUGCCUCCUUACUGAGCAGAACCCUCCCAGUUAAGGACCAUUUCUACUUGGAUCACCACUCUCCCUCUGGACUCUGCCUCUAGCAGGGAAAGGCAACAGUUGGGUUGGAUGUAUUUAUGUGACUGCGGGCAUUUGUGGCUAUAGAGUCCUUGACCAUAAUGUUAUAUGUAAUGGGAACUAUCUUAUAAACUUGAAAAAAUAAAGUUUUUAUUUUCUAUACAGUUUUCUCCUUUGUCUUUUCUAAAUAUGGUUAGCCCAUUUGCCAAGCCAUUCAGGGUCCUAAUCAGGGCUUCAUUAAGAUGUCACCCUUUAAAUAACUGAGUCAUUCAUUUCACACAUACAAAAAGGGAUCAUUUGAUCAAUGUUGGAAAAUAAAAAGUUGUAAAGUUUGCAAGAGAAAUGUUUAUUUGAAUUGUUUCUAAAAUACACUGCUUUUUAAGGUAUAGAAAUGGAAUAGAUUUCAUGAGCUGUCCAUGUGCUAAACUUGACUAAGGAGAAGUCAGUCUGUGCUGAGCAUUAAGCUGCAAACCCAAUAAAACUAAUGAACCAAUAUGAAA